AUGAUUAAUUUCUACCGCCGGUUCCUCGCGCACUAUGUCGGCACUAUCCUGCCGCUCAUGGGCCUCCUCUCGGGUCCCAAAGGUUUGUUCGAGCUGUCUGUAGGCGCUCUCACUGCUUUUGACAAGGUGGAGGCUGUCCUGGCCGACGCCACCCUCCUGACGGAUUUUUCUUCCUAUCGCCCUCAUGGUCGACGCCUCCAAUGUUACAGUAGGCGCGGCUGUUCAACAGCCACUUGCAAACCACACCCAACCCUUAGCUUUCAUCUCCAGGAAGUUAUUACCCGCCGAGACGCAUUAUAGCACAUUUGAACGGGAGCUCCUUGCUGUCUACCUCCCCGUGAAACACAUCCGGCACUUCCUUGAGUGCAGGGACUACACUGUGUUCACCGAUCACAAGCCCCUUUCGUUCGUUCUCAAGUUCACCUCUGACUAGCUCAACCACCGGAAAAUUUGCCAACUGGACUACAUCUCAGUUUACCUCAGACAUCCGCCACAUCGACGGGUCACGCAAUGAGGUGGCUGUCACACUGUCCAGGCCUUCCAUCGCACAUCACCGACUUUCUACCGGGAUCAACCUAGCUGAGAUGACUGCCGAACAACGCCGUGUUGAUUCACCCCUGUAACGAGGACGUUUCCGAACCCCAACUCCAGCACCUGCCACUGACUGCUGGCAAAGACACCAUCGUAUGCGACGUCUCCACCACUUUCCACCGUCCCUUUGUGCCACCAUCCCUCCGCCUCAAAGUCUUCUCCUCCCUGCACAACCUUUCUCACCCUGGGAGUCGAGUUACCGAGAAGCUGUUUUCUGGCUAUUUCGUCUGGCCUGGUCCAACGACACAACAAAGCUCACAUUGGCACCUUCCCUACUCCGGACGCACGGUUCCGUCAUGUUCACCUGGACAUCUUAAGCCCCCUGCCACUGUCCAAUGGCUGUUCCUAUCUCCUUACCUGCGUGGAUCGAUUCACCCGCUGGCUGGAAGCUAUUCCUCUGCCUGAUGUCGCUGCUACAACGGUCGUCAAGGCUUUCCUCAGUCGUCGGUGCUCCCCCCACUAUCACGACUAACGGCGGUGCCCAAUUUAAAUCUAACCUCUUCCAGUCUCUUCUCUCAUUUUUAGCCUCUACUCAAAUCCGCACUACAGCCUAUCAUCCGGCAGCCAAUGGGACGGUCGAGAGGUUUUACCGCCAGCUGAAGGCCUCCCUGCGCAUCGUGGACGAUCCGGAGGACUGGACAGACCACUUCCCCUGAUCCUGCUGGACAUUCGCUCCUCCCUCAAGCCGAACCUUGACUGUUCUGCUGCUGAACUCGUGCUCGGUGCCACCAUCCGACUUCCCAGUCAGAUGAUCUCGCCAACCCGGCGAGUUGCAGUUGAGAAUCCUACCAGUCUCCUGCAUCGUCUCCGGCAAUUCAUGCGGACACUUUCCCCGGUUCUGCCCAGGCCAUCCGUCUCCGAGUCUUACCUCGAGAAAGACUUGGCGACAUGCUCUCACACCUACCUCCGAUGUGAUCAAGUCUGCCGGCCCCUGGAACCAUCCUACGACGGCCCCUUCCGAGUUAUCUCCCGUAGGACGAAGACUUUCCGCAUCCAACGCGGAACACGCGAGGAGGUCGUGAGCGUGGACCGUCUCAAAGCUGCCGUCCCGGACACUCCUCUGGAUGAGCCCUGUGGUCCCCUACCCCCUGCUCCGCCUCCCCGCCCCGCUAUCCCUCCGUCCCGUAUACUUCCUUUGCCCCGAUGUCCGCAACCAACAACUGCAACUACCCCUUCAUCAACCAACAACACUCUAACCGCGAGUCAUACACACUCUACUCCAGUGUCCCCUAUAUAUAUCACCCGUAAUGGACGCCAUGUUUGCUUCCCUUACCGUUUGCUGGUGAUGUUUUUUAGACAUCAACAAUUCCCUUGGCGUCGCUACGCGCCGCCUUCGGUCUAG